CCCCGAGCCGGGCGGUCGUGUCACGUUCCCCGUAGCGCUACGCCGCGAUGUCCGCGUAAAUUACAAGUUGUGUAUUUUAAAUGAAAGUUACCGGCUUUAAAUGAAAGGGUGCUUUCAUUGAGUGUGUAAUAGUGAACAGUGGUGGUUAGACGCUAAAAUAGAAUUGUACAUAUUUUCUUUUUGUGUGAGUCGUUUCUUAAAGCUCCGUUGUGUUCAUUUAUUUCAAACAAAGAUGUGAACGUCUUGGAUAUUUUCUAAUAUCAACACAGCGCCUCAACACGCAAUUACAACGUCGACAUAUUAUUUUAAAAAGCAAAAAAGCACCACACGCUGUACAUAGCAAAAAAAAAAAAAAAUAAUAAAAGUCGACACGUAAGCAAACACGCGUCCGCCGUAAAAAAACAAAUGAAAGAGUGCAGAGAUUAAAUGAAUCGUGACUGAAAUUAAAUGAACGUUUGUUUUUAAAUGAAAGAACACGAUAUAAAAGUGACUUUAAGUGUAAAAUGUACUGUUUUGGGUGAAAUCGAAUGUUGAUCGGAACGGCAUGAAGAACGGAAAGACUUACUUCUGGUCUAUGCUCCAGGCCUUAGCAUUAUUACCUACUAUGGCUUUAAAAGAUUCACAAAUGACAACAAAGAAGUUUUCAGAAGAGCCUGAAUUUGAACGUCCAAUAGGAAACCACACGUUCUUCUUGGGAAGAGAAGCUGUACUCGGCUGUGCUGUCACGAAUCUUGGCAAACAUAAAGUAGGCUGGUUAAGAGCAGAAGACCAGACAGUCCUCACGAUGCACGACAGAGCAGUCUUGAGUGCCAGGUACUCAGUACACAUGGAUGCGCCAAGAACCUGGCAGCUGAGGAUCAGACCUCUGAGGGCAGAGGACCGUGGCUGCUACAUGUGCCAGAUCAAUACGCAGCCCAAUAUGAAGUGGCAGAUUGGGUGUAUUGAUGUUUACGUACCGCCAGACAUCAUGAGUGACGAGACUUCAGGAGACGUGUCAGUCCAAGAGUUGGAGAACGCGACGUUGACCUGCAAGGCAACUGGUCAUCCGCCUCCAAAGAUCACGUGGAGAAGAGAGGACCACGAACCUGUACUGCUGAAGAAACCCCAGUCCAGGGAUUUUGAUAAAGUGGAGAGCUACGUGGGUAGCUCGCUGCCGCUGUGGCGCGUGGACCGACGGCAGAUGGGCGCGUUCCUGUGCAUCGCGGCCAACGACGUGCCGCCCGCCGUCAGCAAGCGGAUCAUACUUAAUGUUAACUUUGCACCUACAGUGAAAGUGCCAAAUCAGUUGCUGGGUGCUCCACUGGGCACUGACGUCAAAUUAAAGUGCUACGUGGAGGCGCAUCCGAACACGAUCAACUAUUGGAUCAAGAAUAGAGGAGAGAUGUUACUUGAUGGACCCAAGUACACGAUAACAGAAGAAAAGUUGUCAUAUCAAGUGACGAUGUGGCUCACCAUCAGGCAGUUCUCGAGAAAUGACAUCGGUACUUACAACUGUGUCAGUACCAACUCCUUAGGAAAGAGUGAGGGCACUCUUAGACUUUAUGAAAUAAAACUGAACUCAUAUGCUGAGGACUUCGGCAACCAGAUCAGUGUCGCGGGCGGUCUAACAGAGGCUGCCAAGGGAAGUGGUUCAGUUCUCGAGCAGAGAACGCUGACUGUUGUGUUGUGUUACGUGUUCGCGCUACUGUUGUUAUCGUAGUUACUGUGACUUUGUACAUAAUUGUUAGGGCGCGGUUUGAGUGUGAUGGUGGUGCAGACAGCUAUUUUCUAUCUUUGUAAUUACUGUAGGA